AUGGUGAACUCUGCUGUCGUCCCGGCGUGCGACUCCUCUUGUCCAAGUGUUGUCGUCGCUUGCUGCGUUUCAAAAGACUUUAAUGGUGGUUUCUGCAUCGAGAUUUCUUCGAUUCGUCCAGGUCUCCGCCGCGAUUCGAUCGGUGAUCGUCCAGUUCCGCUACUUCAUCUCGAGAUGGGACAAGGACCUCGAGUCUGGAGGAAUCGGGCAACAAGUGAAUUGGUGCUUGGCUUUCACAAUUCAUCGCACAGAAUCGGGGCAAACAAUCGAUCGAAUCCCAUUCAUCGGACACCGCGACAACAGCAACAACUCCAGCCACCGCCACCCAUUCAUCUGCCAAUGCACGGCCCGCAACAUGUUCGUUUU